AUGAAUGAACCCUAUGGUCCUGAGGCACCCCGUCCUAUCAGCAGCACAUCUCCUGCCAUCAUGAAAAUGUUCAUGGGCUUGCUCAGUGUAUUUAUUGUAGUGCAGACCAUUGGGACCGUGCUCUUCUGUUUGUAUCUUCACAUGAAGAUGGAUAAGAUGGAAGAGGUGUUGAGCUUAAAUGAAGAUUACAUCUUCCUGAAGAAAGUUCAGAAAUGUCAGACAGCAGAAGGUCAGAAGUCGACAUUAUUGGACUGUGAAAAGGUUAUAAAGGGCUUCCAGAACAUCCAGUGCAAGGAUGGACCCCCCAAGGAGCAGCCCAAGUUUGAAAUGCAGAGAGGUCCUGAGCACCAUGAGCAUCCCCGUGUGACACACAAGAAUGAAACAUCUGUGGCAGCAGAGAAGAGGCAGCCAAUUGCAGUUCACCUGGCAGGUCAGCCGAGCAACAAGGCAGGCUCAGUGCUGGAGUGGAGGGAGACCAUGUAUGGCCCCACAAACAGCUUGAUAUCCAACAAGGAGGGGAAACUGAAGGUGGAGGAAGCAGGGCUCUACUACAUCUACUCCCAAGUCAGCUUCUGCACCCCAGAAGUGUCUUUGGCACCCUUCACCCUCUAUAUUUAUUUACAUAUCCCCAAAGAAGAGGACCGGCUCUUGCUGAAAGGACAAAAGACACAGACCUCCUUGAAGACACAUGAAGCAAAACACUCGAAGACCGUCUGUGCACUCCAGUCCAUUCGUGUGGGAGGUGUCUUCAACCUCAGGGAAGAUGACAUGGUCUUUGUCAAUGUCACAGACUCCACAAAAGUGGGGUAUAACCAUGGCAACACCUACUUUGGCAUCUUCAAGCUGCAGUGA